AUGUGGAAGAAUGUUACAGAAAAUGCAACUAGAUUGGUAAUUGGUGAUCCUAAUGAGGUCUGUUCAAGAAUCCUAUCAUUAAGUUACAACCAAUUACCACACCACUUGAAAGCUUGUUUUCUAUAUUUUGGAGUUUUUCUGGAAGAUUAUGAAAUCCCAGUGAAGAAGUUGGUUAAGCUGUGGGCAGCAGAAGGAUUUUUGGGGGCAGUUAAGCAUCAAAAUAUGGAAGAAGUGGGUAUGGAAUGCUUGAAAGAUCUUGUUGAUAGAAGUCUUGUUAUAGUUAGCAGACAUAGUUAUAAUGGCAAAAUGAAGACAAUAAGGAUACAUGAUCUUUUGCAAGACUUGUGUUUGAGAGAAGCUCAGCAUGAGAAUCUAUUGAAUGUCAUUGCAAAUGAUUACCAUGAUGUUGUUGGACUUGAAAUACUUCCAUUUUUCAAGAGGAAAUCACAACAUUCAUUUUCAAAACCUUGCCGCUGGACAAGUAUUAGACCAAGAUGUUUCACUGUGGAUUGCUUUGACAAAUUCCAUUCCUUGCAUUGUGUUAACUUUUUUAGUGCUGGUGUAUUUUCACACUUCAAACUACUAAGAAUAGUGGAUAUGGAGCUUACAUUGCCGGUUUAUGGAGAUAUUGUACUAAAUCUUGUUCAUUUGAGAUACUUAGCGUUAUCCAUGAGGAGAAAUUUUGGCUCUCUUAAACUAAAGCUCUUUGAGCUUCCGAGUUUGCAAAGCUUAAUUGUUCGGGGAUUUGGCAACUUGGAUUCCUCUCAUGCAAUUGAAAUUUGGACAAUGCCACAAUUAAGAAAUUUUUAUGCAGACCAAAUUUGUUCAUUAGAAACUUCGGAGGGAGUUCAUAAAAAGUUAGAGACUAUAUCUUGGUUGGGUCAGGCGUGUUGUACAAAGGAUCUGCUUACAAGGAUCCCGAAUUUAAAAAAGUUGGGGAUUGACGGUAGAUUCUCUUCUGCAAAUCCAGAUUGUUUAAAUAAUUUUGUUGACUUGGGGCAGCUUGAGAAACUAAGCAUAAGAGAUUGGCAUCUCAAACGUAUCCCGUGUAGUAGCUUCCUAUGGGCAACUAGUUUUCUACCAAAGCUUAAGAAGCUCAGCUUCAUCAGGACUAGUUUGCCAUGGAGUGAUGUGAGACUUAUUGGUAUGUUGCCGAACCUAGAGGUUCUAAAAUUGAUACAUGCUUUGAUAGGGCAAGAGUGGGAGCCAUGUGAGGGUCGGUUUCGUCAAUUGAAAAGGUUGGUAAUUAGAAACACACAUCUCAAAUAUUGGGAUGUUACGGGUGACCAUCUCCCCGUGCUCGAAUGUUUAGAGAUAAGCGAAUGCUAUUCGUUGGAAGAAAUCCCUAGUGGUUUUGCUGAUAUCACCACACUAGCAUUGAUUCGAUUAAGCAAAUGUAGUAAUUCCCUUGUGACUUCUGCAAAGUUGAUUCAAGAAGAGCAAAACAACUAUGGAAAUGAUGUUCUCCUUGUUCAUUACUAA